CCUGCUGCUGCCGGUAACGGAAGUGCGGCGGCGUUGGGUUGCGCGGACUUUUUGGAAGCUUGCGGAGGAGUUCCUUGAUAUGUGCAGCAAUGGACCAGAAAAUUUUAUCUCUAGCAGCAGAAAAAACAGCAGACAGACUGCAAAAAUUUCUUCAAACCCUGAAAGAAGAUGAUCUGGCUAAUCUCCUUCAGAAUCAGGCAGUGAAAGGAAAAGCUGCUGGAGCACUCCUGAGAGCCAUCUUCAAAGGUUUCCCCUGUUCUGAGGAAGCUGGAGCUCUUAGGAGACUUAAGAUAUACAGUUGUUGUGUCCAGUUGUUGGAAUCAGGGGAUUUGCAGAAAGAAGUAGCAUCUGAAAUCAUAGGAUUCCUAAUGCUGGAGGUUCACAGUUUUCCAGGAGCAUUAUUGGUUGAAUUAGCCAAUGAGUUUGUUGAUGCUAUCAAAGAGGGCAACCUAAUGAAUGGAAAAUCUUUGGAGCUAUUACCCAUCAUUUUCACUGCGCUUGCUACCAAAACGGAAAAUCUAGCUUAUGGAAAAGGUGAACUAAGUGGAGAAGAAUGUAAGAAGCAGUUGAUUAACACCCUCUGUUCUGGCAGAUGGGAUCAUCAAUAUGUAAUCCAACUCACCUCCAUGUUCAAGGAUGUCCCUCUGACUGCAGAAGAGGUGGAAAUUGUGGUGGAAAAAGUGUUGACGAUGUUCUCCAAAUUGAAUCUUCAAGAAAUACCACCCUUGGUCUGUCAGCUUCUGGUUCUCUCCUCAAAGGGAAGCCGGAAGAGGGUUUUGGAAGGAAUCAUAGCUUUCUUCAACAAGCUAGAUAAGCAACACAGUGAGGAACAGAGUGGUGAUGAGCUGUUGGAUUUUGUUACUGUACCAUCAGGUGAACUUCGUCAUGUGGAAGGCACUAUUAUUCUACACAUUGUGUUUGCCAUCAAGUUGGACUGCGAACUAGGCAGAGAACUACUGAAACUCUUAAAGGCAGGACAGCAAGGAGAUUUCAGUAGUAAUAUAUGUCCUUUCAGCAUUGCCCUCUUCCUCUCUGUAACAAGAAUACAAAGAUUUGAGGAACAGGUAUUUGACCUUUUAAAGUCUUUGGUUAUAAAAAGCUUUAAGGAUCUUCAGCUUCUCCAAGGCUCAAAAUUUCUUCAGAAUCUAGUUCCUCAUAGAUGUUGUGUUUCAACCAUGAUCUUGGAAGUGGUAAAGAAUAGUGUUCAUAGUUGGGAUCAUGUUACUCAGGGCCUGGUAGAACUUGGCUUCAUUUUAAUGGAUUCCUAUGGGCCAAAGAAGAUUCCUGAUGGAAAGACUAUUGAAGCCAGCUCAGGUCUUUCUAGAAUGCCAAACCAGCAUGCAUGUAAGCUGGGAGCUAAUAUCCUGUUGGAAACUUUCAAGAUCCAUGAGAUGAUCAGACAAGAAAUUCUGGAGCAAGUCCUCAACAGGGUUGUUACCAGAGGAUCCUCCCCCAUCACUCAUUUCAUAGACCUGCUUUCAAAUAUCAUCAUGUAUUCACCCUUAGUUCUUCAAAGUUGCUCUUCUAAAGUCACAGAAACUUUUGACUAUUUGUCCUUUCUGCCUCUUCAAACCGUACAAGGGCUGCUGAAGGCAGUGCAGCCCCUUCUAAAAGUCAGCUUGUCAGUAAGAGACUCCUUGAUACUUGUCCUUCGGAAAGCUAUGUUUGCCAGCCAGCUUGAUGCCCGAAAAUCUGCAGUUGCUGGGUUUUUGCUGCUCCUGAAGAACUUUAAAGUUUUAGGCAGCUUGUCAUCUUCUCAGUGCAGUCAGUCUAUUGGUAUUAGCCAGGUCCACGUGGAUGUCCAUAGCCGUUACAAUUCUGUCGCCAAUGAAACCUUUUGCCUUGAGAUCAUGGACAGUUUGAGGAGAUGUUUAGGCCAGCAGGCUGAUGUUCGACUCAUGCUUUAUGAGGGGUUCUAUGAUGUCCUUCGAAGAAAUUCUCAGCUGGCUAAUUCAAUCAUGCAAACUCUGCUCUCACAGUUAAAACAAUUCUAUGAGCCAGAACCUGAUGUGCUGCCACCUCUGAAAUUAGAAGCUUGUAUUCUGACCCAAGGAGAUCAGAUCUCUCUACAGGAACCACUGGAUUGCCUGCUGUGUUGUAUUCAACACUGUUUGGCCUGGUAUAAGAGUAGAGUGGUGCCCCUACAGCAGAAAGAAGAGGAGGAGGAAGAAGAGGGAUUCUACCAAGACUUAGAUGAUAUGUUGGAGUCUAUUACUAGUAGAAUGAUUAAGAGUGAACUAGAGGACUUUGAACUGGACAAAUCAGCAGAUUUUUCUCAGAACACUGGUAUUGGCAUCAAAAACAAUAUCUGCGCUUUUCUUGUUAUGGGAGUUUGUGAAGUUCUAAUAGAAUAUAAUUUCUCUAUAAGUAAUUUCAGUAAGAAUAAGUUUGAGGAGGUUCUGAGCUUAUUUAUGUGUUACAAGGAACUCUCUGACAUCCUUAAUGAAAAAACUGGUAAAGGCAAAACUAAAAUGGCCAACAAAACAAAUGACAGUUUUUUGUCCAUGAAAUUUGUGUCUGAUCUUCUCACCGCUCUUUUCAGGGACAGUACCCAAAGUCAUGAAGAGAGCCUGUCUGUUCUAAGGUCCAGCAAUGAUUUUAUGCGCUAUGCAGUGAGUGUGGCUCUGCAGAAGGUACAGCAGCUAAAGGAAACGGGGCAUGUGAGUGGCCCUGAUGGCCAAAACCCAGAGAAGGUCUUUCAGAACCUCUGUGACAUAACUCGGGUCUUGCUUUGGAGAUACACUUCAAUUCCUACUUCAGUGGAAGAGUCGGGAAAGAAAGAGAAAGGAAAGAGCAUCUCUCUGCUGUGCUUGGAGGGUUUGCAGAAAAUAUUCAGUGCCGUGCAACAGUUCUACCAGCCCAAGAUUCAUCAGUUUCUCAGGGCUCUGGGUGGGCUUUUCAGUUUUGAUAAAUUGGCUCUAUAUGCCACAGAUAAGGAGGAAGAAGAGGUGGAAGUCAGUGUCACUCAAAGAGCAGCAUUCCAGAUUCGGCAGUUUCAGAGGUCCUUGUUGAAUAUACUUAGCAGCCAAGAAGAAGACUUUAAUAGCAAAGAAGCCCUCCUCCUCGUCACUGUUCUCUCCAACUUGUCCAAGCUACUGGAGCCCUCCUCCACUCAGUUUGUGCAGAUGUUAUCCUGGACAACUGAGAUUUGCAAGGAAAACAGCUGGGAGGAUGCCUCAUUUUGCAAGGGCUUGAUGAAUUUGCUCUUCAGCCUCCAUGUUUUGUGUAAGAGUCCUGUGACCCUGCUGCGUGACUUGUCCCAGGAUAUCCAUGGACAUCUUGGAGACAUAGACCAGGAUGUAGAAGUGGAGAAAACAAACCACUUUGCAAUGGUGAAUUUGAGAACAGCUGCCCCUACUGUCUGUUUACUUCUUCUGAGUCAGGCUGAGAGGGUCCUAGAAGAAGUGGACUGGCUAAUCACCAAGCUUAAGGGACAAGUGAGCCAAGAAAUCAUACCAGAAGAAGCCUCUUCUCAGGCAACCCUACCAAAUCAUCCCAUUGAGAAAGCCAUCAUCAUACAAUUGGGAACUCUGCUUACAUUUUUCCACGAGCUGGUGCAGACAGCCCUGCCAUCAGGCAGCUGUGUGGACACCUUAUUAAAGGACCUUUGCAAAAUGUAUACCAUUCUUACAGCGCUUGUCAGAUAUAAAGGCGCAGACAACCCAAGAAGGAUGGUAGACCACCUCACACCAUGUAUCCAAACAGCAGUGUGGCCAUUUCUGAGAAGGUGCAGCUCUGGCUACAAGUAUCUCCAGGUGUGUCAGCACUCCAGAGGAAUUCCAAAAAAUAUGGAAAAGCUGGUGAAGCUGUCAGGUUCGCAUCUGACCCCACUAUGCUAUUCUUUCAUUUCUUACAUACAGAACAAGAAGAGUAAGAGCCCAAAACAUACAGGAGAAAAGAAAAAGGAGAAAACUGCUGCUGGGCCCACAGCCAUGGCCAGAGCUCUUCGGGAAACCAAGCCAAUCCCUAAUCUCAUCUUUGCCAUUGAACAGUAUGAAAAAUUUCUCAUCCACCUUUCUAAGAGGUCCAAGGUGAACCUGAUGCAGCAUAUAAAGCUCAGCACCUCACGAGACUUCAAGAUCAAAGGGAACGUCCUGGACAUGGUUCUUCAAGAGGAUGAGGAUGAAGAUGAAGAGGGCACUGCAUCAGAGCUUGAGGGACAGAACAAAGAACCAGCCAAGAAGAAAAGGAAAAAAUAAAUGCCUGAGUUAAUGUGAACUUUGGGGCUUCUGC